CCGACGGGGGACGGCCAAAGAGCGGGUAGGAGGGCUGGAAAGAGAGAGAGAGAAAAGAGGAGGAGAGAGGGAAGGAAGGAAGAGUGGCCAGGAGAAGCAGGAGCUAGGAGAAGGACUCGGAGCAGAGUGAAUCGUGCAGGCCGCAGUGCGAGCAGCGGGGGUAGCCGGCUCGGAGCGGGCCGCCCCCGCGAGCAAGGCGCAGCCAUUCCGCUGCUCGGGGCGCCGCCGCCGCCGCCGCCGCGUCCGGGGGCCAUGCUCCCGCCGCCCCCACGCCAGCCGCCGCCCCAGGCGCGAGCGGCCCGCGGAUCCCUGCGCCUGCAGCAGGCCUUCCUGCGCGGCCCGUUGGGCGUGCUGCGUCUGCUGCAGCUGCUGGCCGGAGCCGCCUUCUGGAUCACCAUCGCUACCAGCAAGUAUCAGGGCCCCGUGCACUUCGCGCUCUUCGUGUCGGUGCUCUUCUGGCUGCUCACCCUGGGGCUCUACUUCAUCACGCUGCUGGGCAAGCAGGAGCUGGUGCCCGUGCUGGGCUCGCGCUGGCUCGUGGUCAACGUGGCGCACGACCUGCUGGCGGCCGCUCUCUACGGGGCCGCGACGGGCAUCAUGAUCGACCAGACGCAGCGCCACAGCUACUGCAACCUCAAGAGCUACCGGCUGCCUUGCGCCUACCAUGCCUUCCUGGCGGCCUCCGUCUGCGGCGGCCUCUGCCUCGGCCUCUACCUGCUCUCGGCGCUCUACGGCUGCUGCCGUCGCUACCAGGGCAAGGAGGAGGUGGUGUGAGGCCUCCCACUCCACUGCGGCCCAGAUCGGUGCGGGGAUCCCUCCCGAGCCCUUCCUGCCGCCGCCGCCCCGUGCCGGCGCGCCCCUGCACCCUCUCCCUGCCUGUGUUUUCACUGCCCUCGCCCUGGAUUUCCGACGUUCAGUUCCAGUCUGACUGCUGCACCGCAGCUUAGCCCAGAGAUCAGCUUCCAGGGACCAGCGCAGCUAUCCGAGGCGCUGACGCACACACUCAGACUGGCCGCCCCAGGCGAAGCCUGGAAGUCCCUUUCCCCAUUCCUUGUCGAGAGCUAGACGUGGACAGGCGCCGCCGCGUAGAUCCGGGGGAGGCUCCCAAAUUGGAACCAGUCUUUGGGCCGCGCCACUGCCCCCUCCCUCCCGGCCCUGCACUCGAAAGAGCAUCAUCCCCUCCUGCCCCCUCUUCCAGCCUGGGGUGGUGUAGAAUGCAGCCAGGCAGCUGCAAGUGGAGCUGGGGACAGGCCUUAGCUGGUGCCGGAAUGAAUGAUGUCUUUAGUUGUAGUUUGGAUUUCUCCCUGCGCAGCCCUACAUCAUCGAAGUCUUUGGGUGGAGCCAGCCACAGGAGUGGUGCAUAGCAAAGGCCCGCUAGCUGUACCUUACUAAACAACGCGAGUCUCUCCGCAUUUAUCCUUGGGGUUCAUCCAGACCAGGCCAAAUGCACUAAACUUCCCUGGCCUCUCAGACGUCACUCACCAGCUUCUGCUGCACCUCACCCUUAAAUAUGUUUGUAUUAGGGGUCCUAUGUGACUGUUAAGGUGAUGCCCACCCCUUUGGGGACCCAGAUCCCGCUCUUGGGAACAGUCAUUUUCAGAUAAGAACCACAUUAUUUUCGCUUCAAAGCAGUAGGUUAUCUAGGGAGCCAUUCAGGUGCUACCUCGGGAAGAAGGCUGAGAAGGCAAAUGGGCCUGUCAAUGGUGCUGUCUUCCCGUGCAGAUUCACAAUGUUAGUAUGAGGUCUCAGAGAAAUCCCACAGGUACACGCCCACACAUGGUCAUUUAGUUUACUGAAUUACUACUGGGCCUGAGCCAUUCCGAUCUCAAGAUUGCCCCGUGUUGCAUAGGUCAUUCCCACAGUUUGACCCACUGAAGAUUGGGAAGCUCCUCUCUCCCUGGGAGUUUCCCUAACUGGGGGUGUCCACCCAAUGACAAAAGAGCUGGAUGCCCUUCACCAGCCAGAGACCUGAGAACUGUUGAAUAUUCUUUCACAUAGUUGGAAAAAUGAAGCGAAGGAUACCCAGGUGGUCUUCCAGUCAAAACGACAGUCAUUUGUAAGAGACCCUGGCAUUGACUCUGAGCAGCUGGUGGGGUGAGCUCUGCCACCAAAAUGAGAACUCUCUGGACCUGGGGUGGACAGCUGGUGCCACCUCUAAGCUUUCAGGGCACUUUGGUGGCAGUAAGGACAGUCACACAGCUGUACGACCAUCACCACCACGAACCUCCAGAACGGUUUUCAUCUUGUAAAACAGCCUGUAUCCACUAGGAUUAUGGGAGUUCAAGUUGGGUUUCCAUGUUGCUGAGGUCCCAAAGACUCCCCUGCCUGCUUGGCUGCACUGGUCUCCCUGGGGCCAGCAGAAGGUUUGGGAGUCUCCACAGCCGUGGGGCAGGUGGGGAGCAAGAAGUCUCUCCUUCACACUGUCUGGUGGACGAGGCAUGGUGGGGAAGACUGGUUUCUUCCUUGAUGGUAGAGGAUUCCCGAUUCUCCUACAUUAUAAUUCUGGGCACAAGAUUCUGGACCCUUGGGACUGAUCUCUGCCCGUCUCCCAUUCCGUAGAUGAUGGAUUUCAGUUCCAGCUUUGCAUCUUUUCCCUGUUUGUCUUUUUUAGACCACUAAGCUCAGGUCUCGUUCCCUGAGGAUCUCAGCCCAGUGCUCUGGGUCUGUGGCCAGGUGACCUUACUCAGGGGCACACAUCUUGGCCUUACUGGUGCCCCAUCCACCCAGAUGUGCCUGCAGCGUUCCAGAGCCCACUGGCUCUUCCUGAUGUGCCUUCCAGCUUGGCUUCCAGCAGCUCGGUGGUCCCUCAGUCUCCCAAGUGAGAAGGACGCAUGGGACUGCUGUGCCACGCACCUUUCCUCAAUUGCCACAGAAUGGUCACCUGAUGUGGCCCAGAGCACUUGGAUACUGGCAGUAGUGUCCACAGCAUACUUCUCUGACACCAGGACUGGGGCCAGGCCAAGACCACCCAGACCCCUCCCAACCAAAAGUCUGGGGCCUUUUGUGGGCCCAGGAGACAAUUUCAACAGUGUGUACAAAGGCCAAGCAGGGGUGGGUUUUGGUAAAGGGAGAGUGGCUAGAGGGAGGGGCCAUGUGCCUUACCCAGCAGUGUAGUCAUGGUUACCCCAGGAUGCUUUUCGGAAUAAAAUUUGGUUUGUCUGA